AUGUCUCUGACGUCGAUCCCCACGCUCAGAUCAUGUUCGUCCGUCUACAGUCUGAAGAAGACACGCACUCCGCGCAGUCAAAAUUCGAGGGCUUCGAUGGUCGACCGCGUCGGCGGCGGCGGUCCGGUCAGCAGCAACAUGUUCGUCGAAUCGUUCACCACCAAUCUAUACCAUCGAGGUCUAGACGCACCGAUCAUCGUCCGAUCGGAGAUCGAGAAAUCAUCUUCGUCAUCAAGAUCGGGUCCGAAGUGGAAACAGGACCUACGACUGCCGAUCGUCACAUUGAACUACGAGAACGACGACGGACAAACGCUGACGACUGUUCGCUGUCGCAAGAAUCGAAUGGUGCACGACAUGCUCGAGAGUCUUCGGAUCACGUUGCAAAGUUUCAGAGGACUGAAAGAACUAAAAUUCGAAUUCUGCAAUUUGCAGGAUGAAUUCAUACCGGAGAUAUUGAAGAUACUCGAAGAUAACCCGAACAUAACGAGUCUAAGUCUGCGCGGAAAUACGCUUCGGAAUUUCCAGCAUCCUUUGCUGCACGACACCACCACCAGCACCACCAAUCACCAACUGAAGUUCCUCGAUCUGCAGCUCUGCGACAUCGAUCCUUCAGGCGCAUCCGAACUUGCCGAACAAUUGGCCGAGAACGAAACGCUGCUCGCCCUCAAUGUCUCUGGUAACGGGGCUAUCGGCGACGAAGGGAUUCGAGCGUUGGCGGACGCGUUGCGCGCAAAUCGAACGCUUCUCGCCCUCAACAUCGCCGACAACGGGAUCGGCGAAGAAGGACUCGUUUAUUUCUUGCACGUCUUCAGGAGGUUCGCUCUUCGACAGGGCGAGAUCGAGCGCAGGAGACGCAUCAACUUUGAUUAUCUGCAGAAAAGAGAUGCUCUGGUCUGCUCUUUAUAUUAUCGUAAUGAUCAAUGAUUUAUCAUUGAAUUGCAUAGAUCGAGGAAUUUUCUGCUGGUAAUGAUAAUGCGAGAUGCUCCAGCGCUGCUUCUGGCAGCCAUUCGAAAAAGUCAUCCGAGUCGAGUGUGAAGAGGAAGCGCAGCGCAACGAAAUCCGAUCUCUGGGCUAAAAAAUCCACUACCGGUAAUGAUUAUUAUGAUGAUGAUAAUGAUGCGAUUAAGUGACAAUUCAUUAUUUGAGGGCACAGCGAGCAGUU